AUGAACCGAACGCUCAGCAUGAGGGCAGGAGGUGGAGGCCGAUCCUACAGUGCUGCCUCAGCCAUAAUUCCAAGCAGCAACAGGGCUGGCUUUAGCUCUGUGUCUGUGGCACGAUCGGGAGGAGGAGGAGGUGGCUUUGGGAGGCUCAUUGGAGGAGGUGGCAGCAGAAGUUCUGGCAGUGGUGGAGGUUUUGGCAGCAGGAGCCUUUACAACCUUGGUGGUAGCAAGAGGAUUUCCAUUGGGGUUGGAACUGGUGGUGGGCUUGGGCUGGGGCUUGGGCUGGGGCUUGGUGGUGGAGGAGGCGGAUUUGGUGGUGGUGGAGCUGGUGGUGGUGGAUUUGGCUUUGGUGGUGGUGCUGGUGGGCUUGGCUAUAGUGGUGGGCAUGGGAGUGGCGGAGGGUUUGGCUUUGGUGGACUGGGGGGGCUGGGAGGAUUCCCUGCAGGGCUGGGUGGUGGCAGGAACCCAGUGGGAUUUUCUGGUGGCCCAUCUGGAGUGGGUACAAUUCAAGAAGUGACUGUGAACCAGAGUCUCCUGGCACCACUGAACCUGGAGAUAGAUCCAAACAUCCAACAGGUGCGGAAAGAUGAGAAGGAGCAAAUCAAGACCCUCAACAACAAAUUUGCUUCUUUCAUUGACAAGGUUCGCUUCCUGGAGCAGCAGAACAAGGUGCUGGAGACCAAAUGGACUCUUCUGCAGGAGCAGGGCCAAAAAAACAACUCUGGCAAGAACAACCUGGACCCACUUUUCGAGGCCUAUAUCAACAACCUGCGGCGGCAGUUGGCCAACCUGCUCAAUGAGCGGGGACGAAUGGAUGGGGAGCUGAAGAACAUGCAGGACCUCGUGGAGGACUUCAAGAACAAAUACGAAGAGGAAAUCAACCGGCGCACGGCAGCAGAGAAUGAAUUUGUGGUUCUCAAGAAGGAUGUGGAUGCUGCUUACAUGAACAAGGUGGAGCUGGAGGCCAAGGUGGACGCCCUGAGUGAUGAGCUCAACUUCCUUCGAGCCCUCUAUGAGGCGGAGCUGGCUCAGCUCAGCGCCCAAGUGUCCGACACCGCCGUCAUCCUGUCCAUGGACAACAACCGGGACCUGGACCUGAGCAGCAUCAUUGCAGAGGUCAAAGCUCAGUACGAGGACAUCGCCAACCGGAGCCGGGCCGAGGCCGAGGCCUGGUACCAAACCAAGUUUGAGGAGCUGCAGGCCACAGCUGGGAAACACGGUGAUGACCUGCGCAACACAAAGGGUGAGAUCUCAGAGCUCAACCGGCUCAUCCAAAGGAUCCGCUCCGAGAUAGAGAAUACAAGGAACCAGUGUGCCACCCUGCAGACGGCCAUCGGAGACUCUGAGGAGCGUGGGGAGAUGGCCCUCAAGGACGCCAAGGCAAAGAUGAUUGAGCUGGAGGAUGCCCUGCAGAAAGCCAAGGCUGAUAUGGCUCGGCAGCUCCGGGAAUACCAGGAGCUCAUGAAUGUCAAGCUGGCCCUGGACAUUGAGAUCGCGACCUACAGGAAGCUGCUGGAGGGCGAGGAGAGCAGGUAG